AUGUUACUCGAUAUCAUGUCGGCGCCAUUUCUAUAUUCUCUGGCCGGCCAAUUGCCCUAUCCGAAUGAGUGCUGUUUUGUGUUGGGCCUCUACCACUUUGGUCUGGCCCAAUGGUGGUUCCUGGAUUUCGAAAUGGAAAGCCUCCCAACCGACCUCGAAUUCUGGGUGCGACAGGCCGAGCUGGCUGAGCGUUAUUGGGAGCGCUAUAAAAUAGCUAUGGAAAUACGCGAGAUGGCGGCAGAGACCAACUGCGAAAAAGGAAACGAGGGGUCGAAGAAGCCGAAAUGCGUGCAGCGCUUGGUGCCAUUAUUGGCAAUUAGUACCCGCGCCCGCACGCCGGAGCCCGAGCUCGUCGACCGUCCCGCCGAGCCGCAGAAGCCGAUCAGUUUGCCCGAGCCGAUUCGCUGCCACAAAUGCCAAUCGUUCAUUCAGCCGACCAAGGAUCUGUAUUAUCGGAUGGAUUGCAGCGAAGAUUGCGACCUCAUCCUCCACAAGCAAUGCUUUCAAGAAGGCAUGGAAAAGCAGGGUUUCCACAAGAAGCGCGAAUACAAGGGCACCAAAUGUCUGACGGACGCUUGCCUGGGUGAUGUCUACGAGAUCAUGACUUUCGGCCUCGACAACCAAGAGACUCUGUUUGUCAAAGUCAAUGCAAGGCCUGAGAAGCAGCCGACCAAGGAGGAGAAAAAGCUCAAGAAGAAGGAGGCCAUUUUGCGUGCUCGCCGGCAGAGCGAGCGUCAGAAGGGUGAAGAUCAGGACCUGGAGGAUGGUGCCGUCGAGGAAGAGCCGGAUCUCACGGCCAGCCCCGAGAAGCCGGUCCCGGUUGAGAGCCAGGCUUUUGCAAAACAAACUUGGACAGCCCCGCUGGAAGACAAGUACGGUGCCGCCUGCCAGGACAAGAAGAAGGAGGGCAAGCCGAAGAAGAAUAAGGAGUUUGUCACGUUGCCCGGCGCCACUCGCUCUCCUCCCCUCGAACCUGACCCAGUCGUCUACGCGCCGGUGGAAUGGCGAGGCGUCGUGCCGGACAUGAACACCGACGUCGGCCUGAAAUGGCUACUGGAAAAUAUCAGCGGUGAAAAGAGGGAGAUUCUGGCCAGCUUCGAUGAGCCGCGAACCCUGCAAGAUACCGGCGCUGCACUGUUCAAGAUCUACGAGGGAAUUCGCUGCACUGCAUCUGGGGUGCCGUUUAGAAAGAUCCGUGGCGCCUUUGUCGAGCUGUUCGGCGCGGAGGCGCUCUCGGUGUCGGAUGGCGGCAAGGCACGCGCUUGGCUGAACCUAACCGAAUGGUUCAUCAUCUCCAAGACGGCCGGCAAGAUAAUGGUCAAGAGAAACCGCAAAGGAACCAACGAGCUAGACGCAGCGACGGCGGCGAUGGGCGAGCUGCAGAUUCAGCCGCCGGUGCCAAUGGAUGACGUGAAGCGUCCGCUGGGCCGCAUCCGCCCUCCAGAUGGCUUGCGAAAGGCACCCAAUGCUGCGCGUAUUCGUUCGCUAUCUCCUAACAGCGACUUUUUCGCCGACGCAUUGAGGGACAAAUACACGCCAAAAUAUUUGCGAGGAGACCGUCGGCGAGUUCCCGCGCUCCCGGCCGAUCGUGAUCAGAGGAAGAAGACGCGCGACGCCCUCCAGAAGCACAUCCAGGACUGGAACAAGCACCUGGCCGACUCCGAAGAGGUUCUGAAAGCCCGGACUGAUCGGGUGACACUGGAUCAGAGCUGCCCCAUUUGUCGCGACUUCCUGGGCGACACGAUCAAGCGCAGCUGCGAGAGAUGCGGCAAUACUUUCCACAUGAAGUGUAUCCAGGACUGGUUGAACACGGCCAAGACGGGCAUCAGCUCGUGCCCGCUCUGUCGUCACCGAUGGAUGGACGAUCUCCAGUUCCCAGCCCUGCCCCGCGCCCAC